AUGGGGCCGCCGUUGCGGCAGAUGACGGCCGGCGCCGUUGCGGGCGGUGUGCUUCUCAUGUCGUUGUACAAGGAAUGUUACAGGGGGCAUCUCGCCGAGCUGUUGGUGGCGCUCGGGCUGGCGCAGUUCGUGGUAUGGGGCGUCUGGUCGACAUUUGUGUAUCCGCACUUUGUGUCGCCGCUGCGGCAUUUGCCCCAGCCCGAGGGCGCGCACUGGCUCCUCGGCCAUGGACGUCAAAUCAUAGGCAAAUUGCUGGGCGGCCCCGUGAGGCAAUGGGUCAAGGACACGCCGCACGACGGUCUGAUCCGCUACUUGUUCCUCUUCAACCGAGAGCGGCUCGUGGUGGUCUCGCCCAAGGCGCUGGCCGAGGUGCUGGUGACCAAGAACUACGUGUUUGAGAAGCCCGAUGCGCUGCGAGGGGUCCUCGGCCGCCAGCUGGGCAAUGGGAUCCUGUUGGCCGAGGGCGACGAGCACAAGGCGCAGCGGCGCAACCUGCUGCCGGCCUUUCAGUACCGGCACAUCAAGGACCUGUACCCGACCUUUUGGGCCAAGGCGAGCUCGGCGGUGCGUGCCAUGACGGCGGCGUGCGGCGACGGGCCGGCGGUGCUCGAGGUCAACUCGUGGGCAUCGCGGUGCACGCUCGACAUUAUCGGCGCGGCCGGCAUGGGCGUCGACUUUGGCGCCAUCGAGAACGAUAACAACGAGCUGGCGCAGACAUACACUGAGCUGUCGCGGCCGUCGCGACAGGGUAAGGCGCUCAUGGUGCUUGGCAUCAUGCUGCCGGGCUGGCUGCUGAACCAUCUGCCGCUGAAGCACAACCGUGAGAUCGAGGAGAAGGCGGAACGGAUCCGGGCCGUGUGUCGGCGGCUGAUCCGGGACAAGAAGCAGCGGCUGGCGGCCAAGGAAGCGGAGCAGGAGCUGGACAUCUUGACGGUGGCGCUCGGGAGCGGGCUGUUUGGCGACGAGCAGCUGGUGGACCAGCUCAUGACGUUCCUGGCGGCCGGGCACGACACGACGGCGUCGGCGCUGACGUGGGCCUUGUAUCAGCUGUCGCGGUUCCCGGAGAUGCAGAGGCGGCUGCGGGACGAGGUGCGCUCUCGGCUGCCGCCGCCGCCGCCGCCGCCGACGGAUGCCGACGGGGACAAGGCCAGGCCAGGCGUGUCGAGCACCGAGGUGGACGGGAUGCCCCCCGUGUCGGUGACGAUGCGCGAGGCGGUGCACGACACGACGAUCCAGGGCCAGGUGGUGCGGCGGGGCACGCGCAUCAUCCUGGCGCCGUGGGCGACCAACGUGGACCCUGCGCUGUGGGGGGAAGACGCGGGCGAGUUUAGGCCGGAGCGCUGGCUGUCGUCUGAAGCUUCAUCGUGCGGCGGCGGGGCGUCGAGCAACUACGCGUUCCUGACGUUCCUGCACGGCCCGCGGAGCUGCAUCGGGGCCGGGUUCGCGCGGGCGGAGCUGGCGUGCAUCCUGGCGGCGUGGGUCGGGCGGUUCGAGUUUGAGCUGGCCGACGCGGGGCUGAUGGACGAAAGGAAGCUGCGGUUCAAGAUGGCGGUGACGACGAGGCCGGCGGACGGGAUGCACCUGCGCACGAGGGUGGUGCCGGGGUGGUGA